UCAGCGUGUCAGGGAAUAUCCAAGCUCACAACUGCAGAGAACUGGGAGUCAGUGCCCAACAUUAGUCAUGAGUUAAUGCCCAACCUGGUGACCAGUAUCCUAUCCUAGGACUGCUGUGCACAGUAUAAUGAGCAGCAGCCUGCUGGAGUGUUGAAUAGAAUCUGCAUCUGGACUACAAACCCACCGUCUGGCAGAGUGCAGAACAUAGUGAGCAGCCUGCUGGGGCAUUUAAUCCUGGUUUGAUUAAUUGCAGGUUUGGGGAGAAUAUUGGUGCAUUACAUUAUAUCAGGAAGCAUCACUUCUCUAUCACUUGGAAUAAGCGAGUGCAAGGAUAUCUCUUGGAAUAAGCAAGUGCAAGGAUUCCUCUGGACUUCCCUGACGCGUGUGUCACUCACUGGCAUUCUGCACUGAGAAGAGAAUACCUCUAGCUGGGGAGCCCACAGCUGGGCACACAACAAGCUCACACCAAACUGACAAACAUGUUGGGAACAGGAGAGAUGAGAAAGAAUGGAGAGAAGUCCCAGGGAUGUCACAGGGACAAGCUUGGAGGGGUGCUCAGUGGCUGGGUUAGGACUUUGCCCAGUGUCUUGGCAUUUGUGUUCUCCCUGUUGUCCAUGGCAUCAUUUCUUUAUCUGAAUAUGAAGACCAAUGACCUGCAGGGAAGGGUUUGGGCACUGCAGCAUGGCAAGUCUGGGGACAUUGCUUUCCAUAUGCCAGGAUUAUCUGUGGAUCAGCUUAACUCCAUCGUCCAGGAAAAAGUGGAUCGCCUCUUGUCCCAGAGGUCCUAUGAACACAUGGCAAAGCUCCGAAUCGCAAGAGAUGCACCGGCAGACUGCAACUGCCCAGCAGGCCCACCUGGACAGCGAGGAAAAAGGGGGAGAAGAGGUGAACCUGGACCACCAGGUCCUCCUGGCCCAAAGGGAGACAAGGGUGAUCAAGGUGAUCAGGGACCUCGGAUGGUGUUUCCUAAGAUCAAUCAUGGCUUUCUCUCUGCUGAUCAGCAGCUAAUAAAACGCCGCCUGAUUAAGGGUGAUCAAGGACAAGCAGGCCCCCCGGGCCCCCCAGGUCCACCGGGUCCACCAGGUCCUAGGGGUCCUCCAGGAGACACUGGGAAAGAUGGUCCAAGGGGAUUGUCUGGAGCUCCAGGGGAGACAGGGAAACCAGGCGAACAAGGCUUAAUGGGUCCAAUGGGGCCUCCUGGACAAAAGGGGUCCAUUGGUGCACCUGGAAUUCCUGGAGUAGAUGGUCAAAAGGGCGAGCAAGGAGAAGUUGGGACACCUGGCAUUGAUGGAGUAUCUGGAAUGAAGGGUGAUCCAGGUGAACAAGGAGAUAAGGGUGAUCCAGGGGAAGGCGGCCCUAAAGGAGAUAUAGGAGCUAAGGGGGAUCCAGGAUCUUCUGCUGCGGGAAUAAAGGGAGAGCCUGGAGAGCCUGGACGUUUUGGGCAGAAGGGUGAACCAGGGCUUCCUGGGCUUCCUGGACUUCCUGGGAUUAAGGGUGAGCCAGGAUUUCUAGGGCCUCAAGGAGAACCUGGAUUACCAGGCUUACCAGGAACUAAGGGGGAACGAGGAGAAAUUGGUCCACCUGGAAGGGGAGAAAGAGGCAGUACUGGACUAACUGGACCAAAGGGGGAGCCUGGUGAAUCCGGAUCUAGAGGCCCAAAGGGGUCAAAGGGAGAAUCUGGAAGCAAAGGAGAUUCUGGCCCCAUUGGUCCUAGGGGGCCUCCAGGUCAAAAAGGGGAUCAAGGGGCUACUGAGAUCAUAGAUUACAAUGGGAAUAUUCAGGAAGCCUUGCAGAGGAUUACAGCCAUUACUGUUACGGGGCCGCCUGGACCUCCUGGACCACCUGGUUUGCCAGGUCCAAAGGGUGAUGGAGGUCCUGUUGGUCCUCCAGGAGUUGAUGGGGAGCAGGGUCCAAAAGGAUCAAAGGGUGACCAUGGUGAUUCCGGGACAUCUGGAGAGAAGGGAGGAAUUGGUCUCCCUGGUUUGCCGGGUGCAAAUGGAAUGAAAGGAGAGAAAGGAGAUCAUGGUUCCCCUGGGCCCCAUGGCGCUUCUAUCAUUGGCCCCCCUGGACCUCCAGGGCCACAUGGCCCCCCUGGACCCAUGGGACCACAUGGACUUACAGGGCCAAAGGGUGAACCAGGGGUAAAUGGUCUUAAAGGAUUGAGGGGUGAGCCAGGUCAAAAGGGUGAAAGAGGACCACUGGGUCUUCCAGGAGCAUCUGGCUUAGACGGAAAGCCAGGACCCAGGGGGAAUGAUGGUCCCAUUGGUGCUUCUGGUCCAGCAGGUCCAAAAGGAGACAGAGGAGAAAAAGGAGUUGUUGGUGAUCCCGGACCCAGAGGGCCUUAUGGUUUACCUGGCAAAGAUGGAGAGCCUGGUCUAGACGGUUUUCCGGGUCCUCGUGGAGAAAAAGGUGACCCUGGAGAAAGGGGAGAAAAGGGGGAAAAGGGAAAGAAAGGCAAAAAAGGGCCUAAAGGGGAGAAAGGAGAACAGGGUGCCCCUGGAUUAGAUGCACCUUGCCCAUUGGGACCAGAUGGGCUUCCAAUGCCUGGUUGUUGGCAAAAGUGAUGACUCUAACCAUGCAAGCAUGAAGUUGUAAAUAUUAAUUCAAACUAUGUAUUUAUAGUUGAAAAGAAAGAGAAUGGUUUCACCAAAAAAUGUUUACAUGUACCUUCUACGUGUUCAGUACAACUUUUUUUCACUUGCACAUGCUGUUUGGCAGUCAUAAAUACACCUGUUUAAACCUGCAAAAUCAUGGAAAAUAUACAAACAUAUGUCUGGUAUAUGACUUUUUUGCAUAAUAUGUAUAGCUCACAAAUCUUUUCUAUUCUGCCAUUUAAAAGAACAUCACAAACCAAUAUUCAUGGAAAUAGUGACCAAAUAUUGUUAAUAGUGACCAAAUAUGGACAAACCCUAAUAUAAUCUCAUUGAAGCCUACUUAAUUCCAUGAUGAUGCCAAACAGCACCACUGAUUUGUGCCAUUGUACCUGUAUGAAAAGACUACAGAUAUGCAUGACAUCUGUGUCCUAAUAUUUGCUGUGUGAUUGAACCUCAUGUGCCAAAAGAAUGACCGCUGUGACAGCCAACCAUCUCAACAUCUUCAUUUUGUUCGUUCUAAGGGAGUGACCCCAUGGCUUGUUGCCAAAAAGAGAUGAGGAGAGUGAAGAGGCAGAGAAACAACUAAUAAUUUUUUGGAGCUAUAUGGGCAAAAUUGCAGGUCUUUAAUCUACUGAAUAAGCCUUUAUAAUACUAAGGUUAAUUGACCUUGAUUGUCUUUGCCAAUGGUGGUUGUAUGCUACCAAGGACUCCAGAAAGUAGAAGAGGACAUAUAUUGAAGACAGGAUACACCAUAGUGAUCCACCAACAUGUGAAGGUGAUUGAUGAAAACCCUGUGGCCUGGUUUCAAGUCAAUCCGCAGAGAUGUUCCACUGAAAAGAGAAUCUCAAAUGUAUCCGGUGACCGAUUGUUCUUCACACCUUUUAGGGAGAAAUGGCUAUGGCAUAUGGAAGUCUCAUCUGGAACUUGUAUGACAAGAAUAGGAAUAGUCACUCUCUAUGGUUUCAUUUCUACAGCAAAAAGUGCACACAAGUUGUAUGAUCCUGUGCAGAAGGGUCUUAGCUGACCUUAUGUUGAUUGCUUCCCAAUUGUUGACUAUUAAGGUGUUGUGCAUUAAGGGAACCUAUAACCACAGUAAACAUGAUAGAUGCCGAAAGGUAAUCUGCUUUGCUCAUAAGUACUGUAAUUUAUUGACAGACGCUAGCUUUUUUUGCCAUUUGUUAUAUUUUAGUGACAUAUCGUGAUCCAAUCGGAAUGGUCGAGACUUAUUAGUGCAGCACCUAUAACAAUUAAGCAAGCAACUCCUUUAGUUGUCUAGGCACCGUUGUAACAGGCGUUUAGGAAUAAACUGCAGCUGCUAUCAGAAUUGUAGAAGAUGUAAUAUAUUCAAUUGUUGUUUUAAGUAUUAUUUGCUGUAAAAACUUAAAACUUUUUUUUAUUAUUAUUUCUUACGAAAGAAUGCUUACUCUGUUAACUUAAAGUGCAAAAUGCUUGGUAAUUUCAAAUGCAUUUGUAAUUAUAAUUCCUCUUGUUACACACGUGCCAAAUGCUUUAAUGAGCAUUUUAAAGAGUUGCCAGUGUAGGUGAAUAUCCACGUAGGUAGGCUUUGCUGUUGGAUAUGACUUCCUUACCUAUCAACCGUAGAGAAAGUUUUGUGAUUGUGAUAAUAUAAAAUCACAGCAUUCUGCAUGUGUUAAUUAUGUUGUAUAUUCCAGUGGGUUUGUUGAUCAGUGUCUGAUAACUGACUGUCAUUUCCCCUUCACUACAAAAAAAUCAAUUCAAUGCAAAAUUUGCACCCAGACCAUCAAAUAUUUUUCAAGACCUUCCACUGAACUGGUCUAGAAGCCAUAUAAUCUGGUUUAAAACUUGCCACUAUAUUGAUGCCAUUUGGACUAUGCAAACAACUUGCUCUGCCUAAAAGCUGGACAUAUUUAGCAGUUUGAAUGUUUUAUGCCCUUACACAUUAAUUCCAAGCAAACUUUUCUACAUUUCAUUUUUUUUUUGGUGCUGUAUGUCUUUCAAUGUGAUGCAUUUAUGGCUUUGAAAAUGGUAUUAGUUAAUGUUACUAGCAUUCCUCAUUUCUUUGAAUGAAAACAACAGGUCUGCCUUUUUUAACAAUGGCAUAGUCAUUUAAUGUGUGUAUGCUAUUGAAAAAACAAUAAGCUGAUAUGUACUUUUUAUGGUGUGUGACAAGUAGCAUUGAAGUUACUGUUGAUCUUUUCAAAUGUAUUCCCUUACUUAAUAAGAGUUACUUAUCCUUUAAUAAGGAUAUGCAGUUAAUUGACAUGGUGACUGAAUGUUUCAUUGUUUCAUUUCUUAAUGAAUAUCAGUUUAAGCAUGAAACUCAACAUCAGUUUACGCUGACCAUACUAUAUUUAUCAGGGCUUUGACGUGGUCAUGUUAAUUUUUUCACAGUUUUAGCCAUAUUUAGCCAUUAGUAGUGAAGGUAAUAGAACAUAGCAAAUGAUUUUUCUUUUUAAAUCUGUAGAAAGAGAAACAAACUUUAGCAGAUGGAGUGCCCUAAUGCUUACAAGUGUGUUGAGUUAGUGUGAAUCACUGGUGGAUUCAUUUAUAGAAAAGUUUGUACCAAGCAGUGAACUAUGCUUCAAAAUGGACAUAAAGAAACAUAAUAGACAAUAUCCCUAAAGUGUCUAUGUUGAGAAAUUGUUCUGGACAUAGAAUCUGUUGGCUUGAAUGGCAUACUGUUCUGGAUAUUAGUACAAAAUUACAUUUUGAAGCUGCUGAGUCUGACCCAACAUAUGCAUAUGCAUUUUUCUAAUCUAUAAAAUCUUUCAAAUUGAAUCUAUCUUGCACAGAUUAUAAAUAAAUAUUACAUAUAGAUGUAGGCAUUCAGAACUGACUCAUAUAACCUGUCCAAUGUUUCUACUCUCCAGUUGCCUCCAUGCCAUUACAUAAUGUUCUGCUCAUAUUGCAAAAUACACAUCAUGGAGGUAAAAAAGACAGUAAAUAUACAUAAAAUGAAUAUACACAGAAACAAAAUUAGAAUGUAUUUAUAUUAAAAUGCAUCUAAUUGAAUUCAAAGCUUGAUGAGGGAAAGAUAUUUAUACACCACUGGCUGUAAGGUGGCAUAUGAUGCAUGGCUUUCUUUUUCCACUGUUUUAAAGUGAAACUUACAUAUUCCUAUGAUAAAAAAAAUUAUCAGUAUUGCUAGGAAAGAAUAGCCAUGAUAUAACUAAAACUAACAGAUGCUGACAAUGUUCCUAUUACUGCUGAUGGGCAGCCAGACAUGUUUUAAAAAUAUAACAUUUCCACUGAAUCAUAUUUCUUGAAAUGGAAAUAUGCCCUGUUUAUAGGCUGGGUUUAUCUUUCAUUUCUUCCCACUUAGCAGUUGGACAGUUGGAAUAUAUAAACAUAUUUUGUGAGGAAACCAGAGGUGGCCAGACAGUGUAGGAUACAGAAAGAAUAAAUAUCCAACCAGAAUCUAAUACCAAAAUUGUAUUGGAAGUGUAGUCGCCUUAUUAAAAAGGUGCAAGUUCAAUACAUAACACUAAAAACAAUAAAUAUUAAGUUAAAUAAACAGCAUCUGUCCAAUGUAGGUACCAGCAAUCCCAUAGUAAGUACCUCUGAGCUGAUUGUAUUUUACUGGUUACUAGUAAAAGAGCUAAACAGCUUUUUGGCACUACACAAGUAGACCAUUCCACAGUCCAUUACAAGCAUUUCUUUGAUUCUAACAGUUAAUUAGAAAUAUCAGGAAUUAGCCAUGCCAUGAGUAUGUUAGUGGAUCAUUCUGGAAGCAUUGGUAGACUAGAACUCUCAUUCCUUGGCUAUCUGACUUCAGCAUUGUCCCUAUGUAUGAUCUGUCAGGGGUUAGACACAAAUUUAUCUACUGGCAGACAGAGAAAACAUACUGUAUAAGCUACUCCUUUGUGCCAUAGUCUUAAUGGCAUUACUUUAUGGGAGCAAUACUGUUUCAUCAUAGGGUAUUUCCGCUGCAACCUGUCACCGUGCUCUUACUUUAGUAGCUUAAUGCCAAGAGCAGUCUAGAGACUAGCAGCUUCCAUUAAUAGAGACAUUGGUUAGUCCCUAGCAAAAGUGACUGUCUAUACACUACACAGCCUGUGUUUGUAAUAUCUAUUACAUCCAAUUUUUUUGCUUUGAAAGUAUGUCAUUUUAUUCUUUUUGUCCCUGGUUGCUUAUAUUAAUGAUAUCUAAAGCAAUAUUUUUGGCAUCUGUAGCAUUUAGGCUUGAUCAUUAGGGUAUCUAGUUCUUUUUCUGUGUAUGGAUAACAGUCAAUAACAGAAGGAUGGACGUAAGAGUCUAAUAGUGGGAUGUAUGAAACAUAUCGCUGAAUGUGAGUAACAUUCACAUUCUUGUGUUUAGCUGUUUAUUUUAUCUCUUUCAGUGACCCACAGUUGCUUCACUACUUUGCAAAAUGCACCUGGAGAAAAAAUACUUUCUCAUCUUUGAUAUAAUGCACCCCAUACUGUCCCCCGCCUCCUUAGGACUCAGCUUCAUAAGAAUGCUUGUGGCACAUCUGCAUGUUCUAUACUAGGGGGUAUUAAGUCCCUAAAAAUUCACCUUAAUUAAACCCCACAUGCAAUUGUAGAUGUUGCAACAUAUUUUACUAUUUGUAAGCAGAGGAUUUUAUUCUACUGUCUUUACUGAAAAACUAUUGCUGGGUAUUACAAUAUUGUAAUCAAAAUUAAAUAUGCCAAAGAAAAGCCACAGCUGUUGCAGAGCAUUAGUCAAAGUUAUACCCUUCUAAAGUAAUGUUGUGCAAUAUGUCAGUGCUUGGUCCAGGAGCAUUGUGUUUGCAGAAAGGCUAUAUAGAGACUGAGACUGUAACAUCAACAAAUACAUUUUUAUAAUGUUAUUGGGUGUAUUUGGUUAUAGUUUUCAAAAAUUCUCCUGUAUAUAAUACAUGCCAUUACUUUUUUAUUUAAUUUGAAAACAUAGCAUUAAAUGUAUCUAGGAUAUUUCAGGUGAUUCACUUCACUCACCUAUGUCUGCAUGAAAAAUUAUACUUUUUUGCCAUUUGGCAAAUUUACUCAUAUUAAGAUUUUGGUAUUGACUUUCACACAGUAAGACACUAGAUAAAAGUACACUAACAUGCUAAAAAUGUUGUUAGUUCUUAAAUACUAAUCCCAGAGGUGUAAGUACUGGAGCCCUGGCAACCUUUAGAGCACAUCCUUGGGGCACUUGGGCCCUUGGUAUUGGUGGGGAAUUUGUGCUCUGCAAGGUAAAGAGUGCAGCACUGUUGGGUGGCCCCAGCACACCUUAGCCCUUUACCCUGCAUGCUGCCCACAACACAUACACCCUUAAUUUCUUAAAAAUGGGGAUAUUAUAUCAUACAUUUACAAUGAUAUUCCUGUUGCAAAUGAUGUCUGGAUUAUUUUAAUAGGCACAGUAUAUGUGAGGUUAAGGCUCCAUAAAUAGCACAGGUAAUUCAUAUGUUUUAUAUAUAAAUAUCCCUGUAAUACAUUUAAUUAACUAAAAAAGGAAUAGUGAUAAUUUUGCUUUAAGACAAUCAUAGAUGGCCAAUAUAUAUUUUUUUAAAAGUUAAAAGCCUUUCCCAAAAUAAUAAUUGGCUGUUAUUGGUCGUUUCCAUCCAAGGUCGGACUGGGGGGUGAAGGGCCCACCAGGGCUCCCGCCCCAGGGGCCCUGCAGGUUCCCAGGCCCCCCUAACCCCCCUCGCAGGGCCCCCUACCCGACUUCCUACCCCGAGAGCGUAAAUUUAAUGCAUCAGGGCAGGAGUGGUCGAGCAGGGGGAGCGCCAACAAGGGUUGGGAUUUUUCCCGGUGUCCAGGCGGCCCAGUCCGACCCUGUUUCGAUCCCUUUACGCAUAACUGAAUAAUAUAGAAGGGCAGAAAACAUAUAGGGAAAGCUGUACUUACUAUUAAAUAUAUUUGCUCCUAAAUGCCAUAUUUGUUCCCAUCCUCAUUCAUUCAAGGUAGUUGCUUUCUUGAAAAAAAAACACAAUAUGGAUGAUGGCCCAGACACUGAUCCCUUCCAGAGAGGAAACUGUUCUAGACAGCAAUGAACUCCUACCUGGCAGCCCAUGCUACAUGUUUGCACACACGAGUGUCCCAUUUAGAAUAUUAUGGAGCUGGAUUUGUUUUAUAUUACAAAUAUAUUAUAUGCCAGACACAUACAGGAUACUGCACAUAUCACUGACUGUUAACUGUUUAAGAUUUUCCAUCGAACUGUGUUUGGGGGAAAAAAUGUAAGCAAAUGCAAUGUAUUUUCAAUGUAUUUUUAUCAAAAGAUGUAUGUAUAUUCAUUUUCCCUUUUGUUAAGAUAUAUAUAUAUUUUUGUUUCUUCUUUUUUUUACUUUUUUUUUUAAACAUUGUGUACAUUGAUUGUUUGAUUUAGAUUUUUUUUAUGCAGAAUGCGGAAAAAACUCCAACAAAGAAUAAGGAGUUCUUGUAGCAUUAUGCUGCUAUUGGUAAGACAGAGUGGGUGUAUGUAGUAACCAGGAAAAGUUUGCCCCGAUCCAGAAAUCCAUAGCAGCCAAUCAUAUGUUUGCUUUCAAUAUUCUUAUUUCACUAGACUGAUCAGAGCCAACUGCUAAGUGGUUGCUUGGGGGUACUGGACAUGGCAACCUUUGCCCAUAAUGUAACAUAACCACCCUUUAGUCAGUGUUGUCAGUCACAUGCAAUAAAGAUCAUCAAUUAAAGCAGUUAAAGGAGCAUAUUUAUAAAGGUGUGGGAGAUAUUUAACUUUAAAAAAGGUCUAAAAAGUGCUUAAACUAUAUGUGCAUUUCUACUAAACCAUAAUCCGUGCAUAUGAAUGAAUCCAAUGUACUGAAGUUUUAAAAUCCCCAGUACAAACAACUAACUACUGCAUUUAUAUGCAUUUGUAUUUUAUUUAUAACAGAUUAUGCCCAUAAUUUACACAAUUAUUACAUUGAAUUCAAUUUUGGCAGCGAUAACAUUCUAGAAUAAAAAGUGGUGUAAAAAUCUGCUGUGUUUUUAUUAUUUUAAGCUAAGACCUCUUUUUAUACCAAAAUGAUACUCACAUAUAAAAUGAAUGCACUAUUUUACCAAUACAUGGGCACACAUAGGGUGCACUGUGAUUUAAGUUAAGCAGUGUUUGGCAUACUUCAAUUAUGUAUUUGUACACCUUUAGAAAUAUGUCCCUAAGUGAGAAGGUAUUUUAUGGCCCAAGCAAUUCCAUGCACCAUAGGAUACCUUUUGACUUUAAAUGCUCAUUCAGUGUCUCAUCACUGACAUUUUUAUUUGUUGCCAACAAUUGUAAAAAUUAAUAUUAUUGUACUGAUGGCUUUUUUCUUCUUAUGUUGGGCCAUUGUAUCUUGUUUUCUCUUGGUCUAAGUAAGACAAAAAGCCUAUGAAUUUCUGCUCACCAGAUUUCUGAUUGCCCACCAGAUUUUGUUUCAUGUCUUUUGAGUUUUGUACUUUUGUUUGGGUAUAUAAUUUCAUGGUGAGAAGUUGACCUUCAGAUUUAUUUUUACACUAUGUAUGACAUAUUUUCAUAAUGUAAAGCGUGUGUAAUUAAAAUAUUAAGCUUAUUGUUAA